CCUUUUCUGGGCGAAUGAACUGCAGCGAGACCACAAUAGGAAAAUCGCAGGAACCCGCAGCCUUCAAUGAAGCUUGCUCCUUCCACCUCUUCCUCCUCAUCUUCCAACUCAUUCACACCACCCUCCUCAUCUUGCAGUGUGCUGCAAGUGAAGAAGCCUAGGAAACCCAAGCGAGCUCCUAAACUGGAUAAACCUCCUUCUGGCCAUGGCAAUGGCAAUGGGAAGAGGAGCUCUGUCUUCAGAGGAGUCACAAAGCAUAGAUGGACAGGGAGAUUUGAAGCUCACCUCUGGGACAAACAUUCUUGGAACUCCAUCCAGAAAAAGAAAGGAAGACAAGUUUAUUUGGGAGCUUAUGAUGAGGAGGAGGCUGCAGCACAUACAUAUGAUCUCGCUGCACUCAAGUAUUGGGGUUCAGAGACCGCUCUAAACUUUCCUCUAGAGACAUAUGCCAAGGAUUACGAAGAGAUGCAGAGCAUGUCCAAAGAGGACUACAUGGUUUCACUGCGGCGCCGGAGCAGCGGGUUCUCUAGGGGUGUCUCCAAGUACCGUGGGGUAGCCAGGCAUCACCACAAUGGGCGGUGGGAGGCCAGGAUUGGCCGGGUCAUGGGCAACAAGUACCUCUACUUAGGCACCUUCAGUACUCAGGAGGAGGCUGCCCAAGCCUAUGAUCUUGCAGCGAUUGAGCACAGAGGCCCGAAUGCAGUCACCAACUUUGACAUUAGUUGCUACACAAAAUGCCCACGGCCUUCUCCAAAGCCACAGCCAGUGCCAGAGCUCUUACCAGAGUCUGAGCCACAAACACUGCAAGAGGAAGGGAACUUUGAAGAAACCAAUUCUGGAGAAGCACCAAACGAAGCUGAACGAGACAAGAGCAUCGUGGACACCCCUUGGACUAGUACUAUCAUGGAUCAUGACUUUGACAUUUAUCCUUAUCGUGACUUUGACAAUACUAAUUUUGAGUACGACAUUGAACGCCUUUUUGAAGAAUCUGAAGCAAAAGAAAGGAAAGAAGAUGAACAGGAUCCACACUGUGAUCUCGACUUUGCUGAUCUUUCAAGCGGUAUAGAAGGUGGUCUGGCUGAGGAUCUCCGUCAAGGAAAACAAAAGACAGUAUCUUAUCCCACCCCAAUUAGCAUAUACUCAUAGGAAUUCCUCCUGUUUUCUAACUCAUCUGUUCUUGUUACUUGGGAGUGUAGUGCUGUUAUUUCUAGCUUGACUUCGGAGUAGGUGAUGGUGGUAAAGUUAAUACUUAGGAUAUACGGGAGCGCUGGGGCUACCAACUUGGAGAAGAAAACCUACCUUUCGUUGCAUCUUCUUUUUUACGACGAAAGAUUAUUGUAACAUCACGGGUGGGGUUUCAUGACAAUUAUUGUAGAGUUUUCAAAGCAAUAUUUGUGAUCCUCAUUUGUGCUUGCAAAGUUCUGAUGUAAAUGCUUGCCAAGAUAACUUCGGCCCUUUUUUGGUCGGUCAUUAA